AUGGCGCAGGCAAAUUUUACCGAAGAUGAAGACCAGAAAACGUUCAAGAAAAUAGACUGUUUGGCGGAAUUUUAUACCAGAGGGAUAAAUGGCGAGCUUAUCUUUCUUUCAUCUGUAAAUAUUAUUCUGUCCAUUGCUGCAUUUCUGGGGAACACUUUGAUCCUAGUCGCCCUAAACAAGGAAUCUUCACUUCACCUGCCGUCCAAACUCCUGUAUCGUAACCUAGCGAUAACUGAUCUCUGUGUUGGUAUCGUUGUGGGGCCUUUGGCUGUGAUUUAUUGGAUUUCUGUGUUGACGGAAAGAUGGGAUAUUUGCUUUUACGCAGAUUCGGCAGUAGGCUUCGCGGGUUAUGCUUUGUGUUCAGUGUCUUUAUUCACAUUAACUGCAAUAAGCGUUGACAGACUUCUCGCCUUGUUGCUGGGGCUCAGAUACAGACAAGUUGUAACUUAUAAAAAAACAUGUAUAACUGCAAUUUUCUUUUGGAUUUUGUCCAUCGGUGGAUCUGCCUUUUUUUUUUUUCCAGUUAUUAUUUCAUCAUUUCAGUACUUAGUUACAGCUACAUGUCUAAUCACCACAAUCUUAUCUUACACAAAAAUUUUCUUCUUUCUGCGGCAUAACCAAAUUAAUGUGCACAAGCAUGUUACUCCAGGACAAUUAAACCAGUCACUGAACAUGGUUCGAUACAGAAAGGCGGUGAACAGUGCAUUGUGGGUGUAG